AUGGAACUCGAAAAGAGCAAUAAUACGAAGGAAAAGGCUCCGGAUCAGGAAUACGAUGCAAAGGCAGAGUUUGCUAAAUUGCUCAGUACACGCUCUGGUGGUGUAUACAUGCCUCCUGCACGCCUAAGAGCUCUACAGGAGGCCGCCGCUGGCGACAAAACUAGUCAAGAAUUCCAACGACUUUCUUGGGACGCUCUACGGAAAUCUAUUACCGGUAUCGUAAACAGGGUCAAUAUCAACAACAUAAAGUUGAUUGUUCCAGAACUAUUUUCUGAAAAUUUGAUACGGGGACGUGGUCUGUUUUCCCGGAGCAUCAUGAAAGCCCAAUCGUCGAGUUUGCCUUUUACACCGGUAUUCGCCGCAUUAGUUGCGAUCAUCAAUACGAAACUUCCUCAGGUUGGCGAGCUUGUUCUGACUCGGCUUAUCAGUCAGUUUCGGAAGGCGUUCAAACGGAAUGACAAGAUUGUUUGCCAUUCUACUACGACAUUCAUCGCCCACUUGGUCAACCAAGCAGUAGCACAUGAAAUCAUCGCACUCCAGAUCCUUGUCCUCCUACUUGAGCGUCCCACCGAUGAUUCCAUAGAAAUUGCUGUUGGUUUCAUGCGCGAAGUUGGUGCUUUCCUAGCUGAAAAUUCCCCGAUAGCCAAUGCCACUGUCUACGAGCGAUUCCGUGCUGUUCUGAAUGAGGGCUCCAUCAGUCAUCGUGUUCAAUACAUGAUCGAAGUCCUCAUGCAAGUCCGGAAGGACAAGUACAAAGACAACCCUAUACUUCCAGAAGGCCUAGAUUUAGUUGAGGAAGAUGAGCAGAUCACGCAUCGAGUACAGCUCGAGGAAGAAUUGCAAGUGCAGGAGGGACUGAACAUCUUUAAAGUUGAUCCUGACUUUCUACAAAAUGAGGAAAAAUAUAAAUCUAUCAAAAACGAGAUAUUAGGAGAGGAUUCAGAUGAAGAUUCAGGGUCGGAAGAAGUUUCCAGCGAUGAGGAAGAUUCUGAAGUGGAAGAAAAGGAAGGUAUCGAAGACCAAACCGGGACCAACCUGGUCAAUUUGCGUAGAACAAUCUACCUGACCAUCAUGAAUGCCCUAAAUUAUGAAGAAGCAGUACACAAACUUCUCAAGGUGCAACUUUCCGAGGGUGAAGAGAUUGAGAUGGUCAACAUGAUCAUUGAGUGUUGUUCGCAGGAACGGUCAUAUUCCACUUUCUACGGUCUCAUUGGGGAGCGAUUUAGCAAACUCAACCGUGUAUGGACAGAGUGUUUCGAAACCGCAUUCAACAAUUAUUACACUACUAUUCAUCGUUAUGAAACCAAUCGCUUACGGAACAUCGCGCGAUUUUUUGGACAUCUUUUCGCCUCAGAUUCGAUAUCCUGGGUAGGCUUGGAGUGUAUCAAGAUCAAUGAGGACGACACUACUUCGAGUAGUCGUAUCUUUGUCAAGAUCAUGAUGAACGAAAUGAUGGAGAGUAUGGGGUUGAAGACGUUGUCAGAAAGGUUUAAAGAUGAUGAAGUGAAAAGAGCUUGCCAAGGCAUGUUCCCUACGGAUGUGCCCAAGAACACUCGAUUUUCCAUCAACUAUUUUACCAGUAUUGGGUUAGGUGUGGUCACAGAAGAGAUGCGAGAAUGGCUGAAGGUAGGCGACUUUAUAUACCAAUAUGCUCAAGACAUUGAUUGCCAUCCUUAUAGAACGCUCCCAAGUUGA